AUGCGUACCACCCACCCUCUGCGGUGGCUUCGCCGAUGCCACCUUGUUUUUGCUCGCCGUGGUCACGGCGGCACGGCGCAGAUGCAGCGGGAACUGAAGAGGCUUGCGUUGCUGGAGGAGUUCAUGACGCAGCCCGCGGAGACGCGCGCACAACAAGUGCCGGCGACCACUGCCGCGUGCACCGCAGCGUACUUGCGUGAGCUUCCACAGCGGGUGGAACGGAUGCGGGGCAUUGCUGCCACAGCAAACGGCGACCAAGCACUCCCCGAGCACGGCGUUGCCGGAACUUCUGCCUCGGCCACUUUGCCCACCGAGCAUGAGGAGACCAGGAGACCUUCGGGCGAGGUCAGUGCGCCACAGGUAAGCACUCUUUCGCAGUUUCUUACUGCUUGCAAGGAGCAUCGCGUCCGGUACAGCUCCUCGGCUGACCCUGCUUUACGGAAGCAGGGCCGCGACGUGUUCCGUAGUUUCUGGAGCCGGCAUGCAAGCAGUGCGGUAUCCUGCUGCUACGAGAGUGUCCGUGACCUUGGCUUCGUGGCGGACAUCGGGCUCGCUGAUACCGGUCUGCACCUGGGUAUGCGCGACAUGCGAGGCAUGCUGCGUGUGCUGCAGACAAACCACACAGCUGCGUCGAGCCUCGACACUACGCGCGUUCUCGGCUACCUCGCGCGCGAGCUGCAGUACUGGGAGUCCCGAAAAGACAGCGAGAGCGAUGAAAACGCAGCACCCGCAUCUGCGAGUCUCAUCGCUUUCCGCACGGCUCUCACAGACGUCGCGCUCGGCCGGCUCGCAUCCAUUUUUGUUCAGCAGCGUCAGUGUUCGGAGAGCUUCACACAACCACGUGUGAAGGCCGCAGCGAAUGUGCCGGCGUCAGGCGACGCCGCCGUUCCGCCUGAGCAAGCUUCCGGCGCUGAUGCAGUGUGGGGACUGGAGGCGCUCUCCGUCUUGCAUGCCCGCGACGCCACGGAGAGCGUCCUGGAAGAUGUCUGGACUGGCAGGCAGCUCCGCCUACUGCGCCAGCAGCGCGAGCCCGUGCACCUUCGAUCUACGUCGGCGUUUCCGGAUGUGUCGAGCGCAACGGUGCCGAUGAGUGCCCUUGCAACCGAAGUUCAGCAUCUGCUCGUGUCGGAGCUGUUUCGUGUCGUCGCAGCGCGUCGGCGCGACCUCCGCAUGACGGACAUUGUUCACGCCUACGCCUUGUUGCGCGUGCAUCUGCGGCUCUUGUGGCCGCCGUACGGGCGACAGCAGCCGCCGCAACCCUCGCAUGCGGCGCGGCACCACAAUCGCGGCUGCGCGUCUGUGGAAAGGUAUCGGUCGCAUGCUGCGUCGACCUCGGCCCCUGCGACUGCUCAACGGCGCCCGCUUUGGUACGAAAAAGACACGCUCUUCCGCGUCACCUGGGGCCUCGCCGUCGCUCUGGCCAGCAAGGAUCGCGUCUUUAUCAGCGGCUAUCAUUUUGUCAAGAUCGUCGCCGUGCUGGCGAAGCUGCCAGCGUUUGUGCUCUCGCAGGAGCCGCACGUGAAGACGGAGCUGCGCCGUUUCGAAUUGCCGCACAGAGCCGUUGCGUUUAGAGGGGGUGCCGACGAAGACGAUGCAGAGUCGCGUUUUGUGUGCGCCACCAUUGCGGCUGAGGUGAUACGCCAGGAGAUGGCAGUGGAGGCCGGCUCGAAGCCGGCCACGGCGGUAGCGCUACACCCGAGCGAUUUCUGGCGCUUCAUAGUUGCCAAAGCGUGCGUAUUUGUGCCGAGCCUGCCGCCUGAGCAGCGUCGGAUUGUAUGCCGCAGUCUCCACCUCGCCAUCACUGAGAAGCGGGCCCACCUGCUUCCCCUCCAAGCUGCCGCUACCGCUCGCUCGGCACGAGUGCCGCAGUCAGCGCGGCGAGCUCGCAGCGAUAGCAUCCGGGGGCAGUUUGGGUCGAGAACCGUCUCGCCAGAUGGCAGCGACGCCGCCUCCGCUUCAGAGAUCCUUCGCCCGCUCAUGGAGGAAAUGGAGGACUAUCCCGAGCCUUACGAGGCGUGUGUAAAAGACCUUCGACCACGUUCGCUGCCGCCCCGCGUUGCACCCUGGCAGCGAUGA